AUGGAUGGUGGUCGCGGGGGUGCGUACGUGCAAACCCCCGGCCAACGCAAAGCGAACCAGAAGUUCGCCGCGCUGCAAGAGAAGAAGAUGGGCAAGUCGGAAGAGGCCAUCAAGCGCGAGAAAGCGGCCAAGAACAAGCUCUCGGGGAUCUGGUUGACUCUUCUGAUCUUCGCCAUUGGAGGCGGACUGCUGUUUGAGUUCGUCCGUUUGAUCUGGUCGCGAUUUGGUUGA